UCUUCAAAAACAGGCCAUCCACAAACUACAAAGCCAGAGGAACAGACACACCCUCAUUCAUGGUCAAAAGUCCACACGUUUCAGCCUUGCCUGCCCCACCCCACCUGGACUCUCUUCUCUUGGUUCUUAUUCUCUCUCUCUCUGUCUGUGCUCCAUCCACUCAACUGCCCGAUUACCCAUCUGUCUCUCUCUUGUCUCUCAGUCUUCAUUCCAUCUGAACUCUGUUUUUCUGAGUUCAGUUCAACACAGCAACAAAAAAAAUUCCAACCUUUCCUUCCAUAUAAAUUAUAAUAAGAAACUCUGUUUUCAGUGACAGUAAAGUGUUAGAGCUUCAAAGAUUCGAACUUUGAUAUAAAGCUCUCUCUCUCUCUCUCUCUCAAGAUGGCUUUAGUGCCAUACUCAGACCCAAGCUCUGAAGCAACCUCUGCAAGCCCUGCAUGGCAGGACAUGUUCCGAUCAGCCUCAAUUCGAAAAUCAUCAACCCCUGAGCCCCAGUUGCCUGAACCCCAGGCUCUGCAGAAGGACCCGUCAAAACCCAUCGAUCCAGAUCACAAAACCAACCUCUCCGGCGAUCCCCAGGUACGCUUAGCCCUCUACAUAACCAUGGCUCAUGCUGGCCUUGCCUUUACAAUUUUUAUACUUUACGCUGUGGGCAAGCUCUUAGAGGAAUACUUGAGACCAAUUCAGUGGGCUGUGCUUUGUUCAAUUCCUCUCAGAGGUAUACAACAAACCUUUGUGGGAUUUUGGUCUGAACCCUUAAGACUUGGCCUCACUGAGACUGUUUUGGCUGUCCCUGUGGCAAUAUUUCGAGUUUUUGUUGGUACCCUGGUUGAAAUUCGAGAAGUUUGUUUCCGGAUUUUUCUCCGAAAGCCUAAAUCUGAGUACAGAAGGAGGCAUCAGAGUGAAUUCUCCAAGUUAUUAAGGUGGCUGGUAUCGUUUUGGAUACUUAUACUUGCUUAUGAGAGAAUUGGUGGUGUUGGUUCUCUGGCAAUUCUUGGAUUAGGCUUUUUGUUUAGUGCCAAAGGUGUUGAUUCGACAAUGUCGACUGUAUCCUCUUUGAGGUGUAGUAGCUUUCGUCGUAGCCCAAUUAGCGCCUUUUUCACCCGAAGGAUAUUGAUAAGGUUGAAAACCGUUGUGGCAAUUGGGUUGAUUUUUGGUAUGAUUGUGGGAUUUUUGGUUGGUGUCACAUUCUUUUCAUAUAAGAUUGGAGUUGAGAGUAAAGAUGCAGUGAUUUCAUUGAAAUUACAUGUUGAAGAGAGCAAUUACACGGAGAAGAUUGGUAUUAAGCAGUGGAUGGAGGAGAAUGAUGUGCCUGGAAUGGUGGAUAGGUACACUUCCAAGUUGUAUGAAACAGUGUCAGACCAGAUAGAUAGUUUGGCAAUGCAGUAUAAUAUGACAGAAUUUGCAACUGGGAUUAAGCAUUUUGUAGUAAGACAGUCUGCCAAUUCUUCAGAGCGUUCAACGGCAUUAGCUAGCCCAUCUCCGUACACAGAAAAACUUCUGAGUUUGAGAAAUCGGAUCAGUAAGAGGGAAUGGGGACAUAUUUACACAGAGGUUGAUGCAAUUGUUAGGGAAUUAGUAAUUACCAGGGAGGAUUUAGUUGAGAAGGCAAAAGGAUUUGCAAUUCGAGGAAUGGAUGUAUCACAACGCAUACUUGCUAGUAGUACAUCUGUUCUUGGAGGUAGUGCAAAAUUUAUGUUCUCCGUUGGUAGUUCCAUUGUUUCUGGAGCAGCUGAGAUUUUCAAUUUUGUAUCUCAGUUAAUGGUAUUCUUCUGGGUAUUGUAUUAUCUGAUCACAUCUGAGUCUGGUGGAGUGACUGAACAAGUGAUGAGUAUGCUUCCAAUUUCAAAGUCUGCGAGGGUUAGAUGUGUUGAAGUUCUUGAUAAUGCUAUAUCUGGUGUUCUUUUGGCUACAGCUGAGAUUGCAAUUUUUCAGGGAUGUCUCACAUGGCUUUUAUUAAGACUGUACAAAAUACAUUUCUUGUACAUGUCCACCGUUCUUGCAAUCCUCAGCUCUCUGCUGCCAAUCUUUCCAUCAUGGUUUGCAACUAUUCCAGCAGCUCUUCAACUGGUACUGGAAGGGAGAUAUAUAGUAGCCAUCAUCUUGUCCGUUAUUCAUCUCGUGCUUAUGGAUUAUGGCGCAUCUGAAAUUCAGGAGGAUAUACCUGGUCAUAGUGAAUAUCUUACAGGACUUAGCAUCCUUGGUGGAAUGACCUUGUUCCCAUCUGCACUCGAGGGUGCAAUUAUGGGUCCCCUCAUAACUACAGUUGUGAUUGCGCUUAAGGAUUUGUACGUGGAAUUUGUUCUGGAUGAACCGAAGAAUAAAGUUGAGUAGAGAGCAUGCUUGUCUGAUUUCCUCACCAGUUUCUAUUUAUUUGUUUGCAGCUUAAUCUGAACUGCAAGCACAUUAUUCUUUGCCAGUCUGUUGUGAGUGCUUUCCCCCACUCACAUGGUGUGUUAAUUCAUUGUAUCUUAAUAUGAAACAGGCUGUUGUGAGUUCUUUUUGCAUUUGUAUUUUUUGUAAAGUAAGAUGAGUUCAUUUAUGGUAUCUCUCUUCCUCAUUCGAUGUAAGAUUAGAUUGGUGGCUGUAAUUUGUAUCCUAUCAAUUGUUGGCAGUGAAAUGAAAAUUUGUAGAUUUUCUCCUUG